CUGCGGUAACGCUGUUUUUUUGCAUUUCACACUCGUGUGUAUCAAAACAAAAAAAAAGCCGAAAAGCGGAUUGCUCGAGAGCUUGAUUUAAUUUUUUGGUUUUUAUUUUAAGACUAAUUUAAUAAACAAACAGCCGGCAAGAUGGGGCGACGCUCCAUUAAUACCACUAAAAGUGGUAAAUACAUGAAUCCCACAGACCAAGCGCGUAAGGAGGCUCGCAAAAAGGAACUAAAGAAGAAUAAACGACAGCGGCAAAUGGUUCGAGCUGCUGUGUUGAAAAACAAGGAUCCCUCGCAAAUACUGGAGGAGAUGGAGAAGAUUGACGAAAUGGAGUACAAUGUGCUGCAGCCGUCGCCACUCAAUGAGAAGGUGUUGCGGGAUAAGCGAAAAAAGCUCAAGGAGACUUUUGAUCGCGUCAUGCGGCUUUAUCACAAUGAUGAACCCGAGCAUUGGGCCGAGCUGAAACGUAAAGAGGUGGAGUACGAGAAGAAGCGUCUGAAAAAGCAGCAGUACUAUGAGAGUGUAAAGCACGCCCAGAGUGUACAGAUUGAUGAGAUACCGCUGCCGGCGCCCGUCUCCACGUCCAAUGCAAGUAAUGCGAGCGGUGGCAAUGCAGCCAACAGCGUCAGUGGCGGCAGUGGUAGCAAUGCCAACAGCAACAUCACGUUUCCAGGUGGCACGGGCAGCAUACGUAUGCCGCCGCCACCGAUGACUCUGGCGUUGCCUCCGUUUGCUCCAGGAGCUCCGCCUGGCGUCACCAAGCGUGACAGCGAUUCAGCGGCUAACGCUGGUGAUUCGCAGGGCGAUAAACUGAAGGACGACGAGGAUAAGGAUUGGCUGGGUGUGCCACCAGGACCACCACCCGAUCUAUUUGCCAUGUCCGAGCUUGAUUCAGAUGCGGCAGGCAACAGUGACUACGAGGGUGACGAGGGUGAAUCGAUGGCCGGCAGCAUUGAUGAUUUCAUGAAGGAAAUGGAGCAUGUUCACAAGCGCAAGCAUCGGAAGCUGCAGGGCAACGAUGCUGAGCUGGAUGGCGAGCACAAGGAUGACAAACACGACAGCUCCGGUGAGGCAAAGUCACCCACAUUGGCACAUCGUCGUCGUCGGAGGAGGAGCUACAACACCAGCAGUGAGGACGACACUGAUGACGACGACAACGUGGAUGAUGACGAUGACGACGAGGAUGAGGAUGGGGCAAACGAUGAUGACAUGGCUUCCGAUGGUGAGCAGUCUAAUACCAAGUCCAAGCCUAGCACAAAUAGCGGCAGCAAAGAGUCGCUGAAAGCGACGCCAGCAACGCUGACGACGGCUGCCACGGUCACCACAGUGCCAGCACCACCCAUAGCGCCCACACUGCCCGCCAUACCGUUGCCACCAAGUGCACCAGUGCCGCCCCAGCAGCAGCAGCAACAACAACAACAGCAGCAGUUGCCCCAGUUGCCGCAUAUGCGAGGCAUUGCACCGCCUGGGAUUAUGUUUCGGCCGCCACCAAUGCGCCCACCUGGACCCGGCAUGCCGGGCUUUGGAAUGCGCAUGCCGCCAGGACCGCCACCAGGCGCUCGACCGCCUCACGCCCUGGGUCCCAUACCAAGGAUGGGCAUACGCAUGCCACCGGGACCGCCACCUGGGCUGCCACCUCGCAUGGCUGGCGGUCAUCAUGUGAAGCAUGGCAGCGGAGGCGGCGGUGUCGCUGCCAAUGCCAUAGCCAGCAAGGAGCAGGGCAAGGGCAUCACCACCAUUACGGCCAAGCCGCAAAUCAGAUUCCUAAGUGCUGAUGUGACACGCUUUGUGCCGUCCACGUUGCGUGUGAAGCGCGAGGAUCAACGGCGCUCGGCGCGGGCGAAGCACAUGGCGGGUGCCAACGAUGCGAGCGAGCGGCAUAUGCAUGCCCCACCGGAGGCACACAAGCCGCCCACCAAGGACGAUGCGUAUCUGCAGUUCAUGAACGAGAUGCAGGGAUUGCUGUAGCAGCAUCGACGAUUGCAUAGAUUGUACAUUAGAUUUGCCUAGUUUAGUUAUCGUUUAAUGUAGUCCAAGAAAACAAAAUCAGGUGUCAGGUCAUUUGACGAUGCUGCCCGCCCAUCAAUUAGACAGAGAUAGAGAUAGAGAGAAAGAUACUUUUCACUUAACACACACGUAUUUAACUUUCUUAGUCAUGUUAUUCAAUAUUCAUAAUCUAUUCAUUUACCAAAACUCCUUCAGAGUGCCUGAAUAUGACACACUGCGUACACUUUUCUCAGAUCAAUUUGUAUUUUUGUAGCGAAUAACAAUAUGGAAAAUCUGAGAGAAAAUAAGAAACAUAUUUCAAUGAAUUA